GGUACUAGUGGUACACUUCAUCAAUACACUACACCUGUUAUCACAUCUAGGCGUUUUCUGUCAUCUCGGUCGCCAGAAAUUGAAACCUGAAAACGUCGAUUUUUUUCACAUUUAGAAGUGGACAAAAGUGAACAUUGUAUCCAAAAGCUGACAGAACUAACACGUUCUGACGUUCUUCGACCAGAAGGAGAAUAUAACAAGAGAUAGGUGGGACGGAAACUUGGUGGAAAUAAGUGCGAGAAGUUUUGUUUUUCCGUGGAUUAUAAAAAUGGCCGUCAGGGAAGUUUUCACUUCCGUGUUGGUGGUGCUGACCGUGUUUUUGGCGAGUCGUGACGGGGCGUGGGGCCGCCCAUCCGGGGCACCGACAGCCGCUUGUACGACGCUCACACCCGGACAUCUUAACAAUGGUCAACCCAUCUCUGCUCAAGCUUUUGCUAGCCCCUAUGUUAUUAAAGUUCAGCCAACGAAAUACACUCCUGGGCAACCUGUCACGGUGACCAUUGAAAGUUCCUUCAGCUUCCGAGGAAUACUCUUGCAAGCUCGAAGUGGUGACACACCAGUUGGUACUUGGCAAGCCCCUAUUGGUUAUCAGCUUCUUCAGUGCACCAAUCCAGGAGACUCCCUGACCCACACAAGCAUGGAUUUAAAGGCAGGCGGUGCCCAGUUUACGUGGACUCCACCCAAUUCUGCCACAGGAAUUAUCAAAAUAAUGGGAACAAUUGCCCUCCAAAAGGAAAUUUUUUGGACUGGACACGUUGCGGCCAUUUCACCAGCAUCUGGAGUUCCAACAGCUGAUUGUGCAAGUGAGCCUUGUGUCAAUGGGCUGUGUUUCCAAGGGAGUCCUGGCGUGCAUUUCUGUUCAUGUGACUCGGGAUUUGAAGGACCUACUUGUAGUAGUCAAAUAUACAGCCCAUACUGUAUGGAUGGUCGUGUUUGUGGCAUGGGAGGCACCUGUUAUCAGUCAUCUACGACUCCUGGUACAUACUUUUGUGUCUGUGAUACAAUGCACACUGGUGCCGACUGUAUGACGGAAAUAACCGCAUGCAACCCUAACCCAUGCCAGAACAGCGGAACCUGUGCCCUUAACGGAAGUGGUUUUUCUUGUACAUGCCCAACGGGAUAUACCGGCACCAUGUGUGAAACAGUACCUCCUCCCAAUGCUUGUGAUUCCAACCCUUGUAUGAAUGGUGGAGUUUGCAUGGCCAGUGGGAACACCCAUACUUGCGACUGUCCGGACGGAUUUACUGGAGCUAACUGUGAGACACAAGUACCUCCUCCCAAUGCUUGCGAUUCCAACCCUUGUAUGAAUGGCGGAGUUUGCACGGCCAGUGGGAACACCCAUACUUGCAAUUGUCAGGAUGGAUUUACUGGAGCUAACUGUGAGACACAAGUGGACUGUUCACCUUCUUACCCUUGUGAGAAUCAAGGGACUUGCAAUGCCAACGGACAGUGCAUGUGCCCCACUGGUUACACAGGCAAUCGCUGCCAAACUACAGUCACAACCUUGCCACCGCUCCUAACAACAGCACAGUUGACAACGCAAAUCCCAAGCCUGGCCUGUGAGUCAGAUCCGUGCCAAAAUGGCGGUACUUGCCGAGAUGGAACCGGCAACUCGUAUAACUGUGAAUGUGCCGGUGGUUACCAAGGCCUUAAUUGUGAAACUGCUGCCGACACCUGCGUGGUGGGAAUGACUUGCAUGAAUGGUGGUUCCUGUAGUGCAUCUAGUGGUCAGAUCUGUGUAUGUGCAGCAGGCUUCACUGGAACGAACUGUGACACUACCGAAACAAAUUAUUGCACUAGCAAUCCUUGUAAGAAUGGCGGAACUUGCAUCAGCAUAAACGACCGGUUCACAUGCGCCUGUAAAAACGGCUACGUGGGACAGACUUGUACCACUCUGACCACCAACGGCAAUGGUACCAAUAGCCAGACGGGACUCCCCCUGGAGAUCUGGUGGAUUGCCCUGAUCGCUCUGAUCGGUCUUCUCCUGAUCAUCAUCGCCAUUGCCGUCUGCGUCACCGUCAUCCGCUCCGGCGAUUCAGAUCAGGCCCACAUUAUUGGCAACCGCAAUGCCAAGGGAUAUCCCUAAACUCCGCCUCCGAAAAAAAAAAUUGCACUGGUCUCUCCCAUCUGGGCCCAAAUUCUCAACUGGGCCCACAUUCUCAACUGGGCCCAAAUUCUCAACUGGGCGAAAUUUCAUAGAGCUGCUACGUACAAAAAAAGUGCUAAGCAAAUUUGUGAGCUAAGCACGAAUAACUGAGAAAGCAGUCAAGUGCAAUACAUAUUACAUGACAUUUCGGCUUGUAACCUGUUUUUUUUGCUAAGCAGAAAGAUUCUGUGCUAAGCACAUUUCUGUGCUUGGCAGUUUUAUAAGAUUUAGCCCCUGUAAUUGGCCAAUCUUACAGAGCAGGGCCCAAUUUCAUGGCGCUGCUUAACAGUUAGCAGAAAAGUUGUGCUUGUACUACAGCUGAAAAUUGUGCUAACAUUAAGCACUAUGUUUUUACGGUGUGGAUGUGCUAACGGUUGAACGCGAUGGAGAUUUCCAUUGUUACGUCACUAAGUAAAGCGAAUUUUUCUUCUGAGGUACGCGUGCCCUUUGCUGUGUUUACUGCUUACGGUCUCCAUCGCCAUGAAAUUAGGCCCAGCUCAUCAGCACAGAAAGCAAAGUUACUUACUGAUUGAUGCUUAUAGCACAUGCAUUACUUUUGCCUAGGAGCUUCAUGACAUUGGUACUCAGUGAUCUUUGGUAAGCAAAUAACACUCUGUUUGUAAAGAUGCACACUUUAAUUUUUCAGGGUUUUUUUUUCCAAAAAGUAAAGUCUUUUUAUUGAUAACUUCAUUGUCUGUUAGCAUCAGUGGAACUUUUCAACUGUACGUUACUUCCUCGCUUAUGACAAUAUCAAAAAUGGGGAAUCCCAACCUAUGGCUGGAAAGCUCAGUUUAUUGGUAUAGAGCACCGGACCGGCAAUUCAGAGGUCACUGGUUCAAACCCCACUCCCCGGAAUGUCGAGUUUAUACCUCUGCUUUUCAGAACCAAUCUCUUAGUUCAAGAAAAUAUUCCACAUGGUGUUUAGGCAAACCUUUCAUUCAUUAGCCCGCCUCCAGUCAAUUUCUUUCCUCAAUUUUAAAAUAUAAAACACAAGUUAAAUCUUUGGCACAGGUAACAAAAAGAUGUGUAUGGAUGUAGUGUUUUUUUGUGUCGAGGACAGAGUGCAUGAGUGAACUACUUGACAUGAAUCAGGCAUGCAACUUGUCCUCGGAUUGGCAGGUUUUCUCUUUUUUUUAAUUUCCGUGUGUGUCAUUAAAAAUAGAACACUGUACAAAGUCUUGGACAUAUUUCAAUUUCCUCUUUUUUUGUGCGUGCCUGAUGAAUUGUUGAUGAGAAAUCGAGAUUGUCAAAAGCCAUCCCAUCGGAUUGAAGAAAAGCCAUCCCAUCGGAUUGAAGGCAAACUAAUUUGAUCAGCUGCGGGCAGCUUUCCUUCAUGAAUUGCCAUUUUAAUCAAGUGAAAAGCCUUUCAGUGUUGAUGUUUGACUUCAAACACUGUCAGACAGGUACAUUUAAUUAUCCGUUCUUUCCUCACAGUGCCAAGAUCUUUUAUUAUGUGGAUGAUUGUAACAUUUAAGGGAAGAGACCCUGCAUUAGCUGAUAUAUCGGCUAGAAUGUCUUAAGUGCAUUGUUUUAAUUCUGUCUUCUUUAUAGGCAAUUGAUAACGUACAUGUACUCAAAAGAAUGAACCCGCUGAAAAGUACAGUAGAUUGCUUUUUACCCAGUACACUUCUGGAACCUAGUUUUGAGAGCUAAAUAUAUUUUUUUUAAAGUAACCAAGUUUUAAUGAUUGUAUAAGUAGAAAUACACAGUCUACACUACUUGUAUUAGUAUCAUUUUCUAGAGAGAAAAAAAUUCUUGUCCAUUUAAAAAAAAUUUGGAAUGUCUUCCAAUUUUUUAUUUUUUUUUAAAAUUAAUAAAUACAUUUAAGGGCUGGGCAAAAUACGGUGAUUCCGAGAGCUCGGUACGCAAACAGUAGACAAUGCUUUGUUAGGCCUACCACUUGAGAAAUUCAGUGGGAGAGACACACGCCUGAUUGUAAUCUGAAGUUGGGCCUAAACGUCCAUACUCUCAGUUGAGAAGCUGAAUUGCGAAGGACGUGGUUGAUCAGAAGGCAUGUCAAGUCGCCUCAGGCUGCCGCCAUACGACCCCUUUCUGACCACAGAGCACAGCCAGCGAUCGAAGGUGUUGAUGUUGCAUAUUGCCAGGCUUACGGCAGCAAUGCAUUUAAGGGCCCCUCCAAGUGGUCCCCCAACUCUCUCUUUUAAACCGUUGAGGGGGUACUUGUUGCACAUAGAUCCCACUCUCCCCCAGCCCAAUUUCACUCCCACCUAAAACAAAAUUUGAUACUAGAACCAGAUUUUGUAAAUUCGUUCAAGGACUGAACUAAAAAAAAAAGGCAAAGCCUUUAAAAAUAAUACAGCGCAAUAAUUGUGUCCUUUUUAAAUUGAUUUUGUUGCGGAGUAGAUUUGCUGUAAACUUUGUGCCAAUUACUUGCGUGCGCGCGUAGCUUCGUAGUCGUAGUUUGGGAUAAAAUAUCUGACUUUUAUAAUCGCAAAUCAGUUUAAUCGGUUGUAUAUUUCAGUACCAAGUUUCAAAAUGGAUUGUACGCUUUUGGUAUUGAGAAACAAAAUAUAUAUGCAAUGUAUUUAAAGGAGUUUCUUUUAGUGAAUAUUAGUGUUUUCUACCGACAAGCUUUCAUAUGUAUACAGUGGGCCUUAUAUUAUUUUAGUACAUGUACAUAUGUGGAUGGAAUGUUUUUGAAAGGAAUAAUGAAAUUCUAGAUUCUAGGCUGAAGACGGAUUUUGACAAAUUUUGUAUUUCUUCAUGUACAUAUACACAGUCGUCAAGUGCUUAAAAGGAGAUGUUAUUAA